UAUCUUUCCUUCCUUAUGGUGGUUAGAGACAUGAUACUUCCCUGAAGUCUAAACAAAAAUCCAAGGAGCAGGAAAACUCACGACCUGAAGAACUGUCAGUCAUCCAUUGAUUGAUUUGAAUGUAUAAGUAUGCAAACACUAAAAUGGAGAAACAAAUUGAAAACAUGUGUCGGAUCCUUCUACUUGUUGUUGCCAUUCUCGGCAUCCAAGAAUUUCAAGUCUUAUUUCAUCUGAAAGCAGGGGACGAAAAGGAGGAACAGGGAAGAGAAAUCUGCGAUUCGUCGCCCCCGGAAUUGUCAUGCAAUUCUGAAUACAAAUACCGGUCUGUAGAUGGAUCUUGUAAUAAUCUCAAGCAUCCGGACUGGGGAAAGAGCUACACAGCGCAAAGGCGAUUUCUAUUACCGGAGUAUGGCAGUGAUUGUAACUCUCCUCGACAAAAUGGAUACAGGAACAUGCCAUUACCUAGUCCUCGUGAAAUCAGCAACCUUUUAUUCCAAAACAGAAAUUCAACAACCGAAAGGGAUCCAGAGCUCAAUGUACUGCAUAUGUCUUUUGGUCAGUUUCUUGAUCACGACCUUAUACUGACACCCAUCAUAAGAGGAACAUUUGCCUGCUGUGGAGAGGACAGAGACAGUGAGCUUUGUAUACCCAUCCCCAUUCCUCCAGGAGAUCCUUUCUUUAAGGAAGACUGCAUGCCUCUGACAAGAUCGGCCUCAGUUCUCCAGCAACGCGGACACAAGUGUUGUCGAGAACAGACCAAUGACGUCACUUCCUAUAUUGAUGCAUCAAAUGUCUAUGGUUCUGAUACAAAUAAAGCAAACAGUCUAAGAACUUUUCAGAAUGGGACAUUGCGUCAGAGAAACGCCGGCUUGCCGGACGGAGGCACAAGCAAGUGUGUAUUUGAUGACUCUACAAAAGAAUAUUGUCCAAAUGCAGGAGAUGUUCGGGUGAACGUUGUACCUAACCUUGGAUCGAUGCACCUUAUGUUUGUUAGAUAUCACAAUUACAUUGCAAAGCAGUUGGCGGAUAUGAAUCCUUUGUGGAAGGACGAAAGACUUUAUCAGGAAACCCGUGCUAUAGUGAGUGCUAUUACGCAACACAUGGUUUACAGUGAGUAUCUACCGCUUGUCUUAGGGUAUGAUAUUAUGGAGCAAUAUGAACUCCUCCCCAAACCCAAUGGCCAUGACACGGUUUAUGAUGAGAAGAUUGAUGCAUCUACUAGAAAUGGUUUUGGUGCUGCGGCCUUCCGCUUUGGUCAUUCACAGGUUACAAACCAUCAAAUGCAGUUUAGUAAAAUGUUUUCUGAAAUUUUGAGCAAGAGGAUUGAAAAGACAUAUCAUCACCCACACAUGUGUGUCGAAAAAGGAGGAAAAGGGAGUGACGGUGUUUUAAGAUGGCAGCUUGCAGAGGGUACUGCAAAAACAGACGGAGUGUUCGAGAGUGGCGUUAGAGACAAACUUUUCAUGGACUCUUCCGGUAGGAGUUUGGAUCUUCCCGCCAUUAAUUUGCAGCGUGGAAGGGACCAUGGGAUACCUGCAUACUGGGAAUGGAGAAAAUUCUGUGACUUGAAUCACAAAAUGUUUUCAGAUCACAGUAUUGCAGAUCAAAUCAGACUACGAAACAUUUAUGGGGAUUUAGACAAUGUAGACCUGUUUGCCGGUGCAAUGACUGAGAGUCCCGUGACAGGUGGAGUGGUGGGGCCGACAUUUGCCUGUUUGAUAGCAAAACAGUUCUCCCUGUACAAGAGAGGAGACAGGUUCUGGUACGAGAACGAGGGCCACACAGGCUUUACGGAAGAUCAAUUGAUGGAAAUUAAGAAGGUUACGAUGUCGUCCAUCAUGUGUCAAACUAUUGAGGUGGAUGAAAUUACCCGCCAAGCAUUUCUUGUGAUGAGUAAUGCAAAUCCAAGAGUGAGUUGUAACAACCUAACACAUCCAAUCUGGUCGCCGUGGAGAGACUUGUCUGAGGAUAAUUCACUUGCAGGGACUAUAAUAUAAUACCAUACAUCACCUUCCAAAACUUUUUAUAAGUGUGCACAUGGUUACAAGACUUGAUGCAAAAUCAUUUUACUUAGUUAACCUAUUUUCAUAAAAAAAAAAGUGUGUAAGCAUUCGUUUCAUUCGUCGUAAUAAGCGGCAUUUCCAACCUUAUACUUACUCCUUAACGUAAUC